AUGCGUACAUUGUAUAGGAAAAACGACGAGAAGCAACGACUCGUCUCCCAACGCAGAGUCUCCGAAGAUUCUGUGGCAAAGUCAUCACGGCAAUCGCAUGCCACCUGGGAGCAUCUGCUAUUCUUUCUCCUGCUGAUUCCUACCGUCUUGAGCAUUCUCCUCGUCCUCAGCGAUGUCCGCAACUGGCAUAUGCCUCCGGGCCUCUAUGCCCUGGUUGACGAGUACCGGACGUCCAUCCAGACGGCCGUUCAGAUCGUCGCGACGAUACUCAGUACCAUCCAGUUAUUUGCCCUCUGUCGGCUGAUCAACUGGGCUACCCGUAUUCUGUUUGGCAAACAUCCUACCUCGCUGAACGUGCUCGGCCUCUGGUCUGCUAUGUCUACGCCGUCCAUCAACUGGACUCUUCCGCUCUGGAUGAUCGCCCUGUCGAUCGUCAUGGUCAAUCUGUCUGCUGUGAUAUCAGCUCUCUGGACUGGUGCUCUUACCCCGGCGAAGUCCGUCGCUUUCAACAGCACCACACUCAUGGUCCCCGACUGGUCAAACACCACCCUGAUCAAAGAAUACCCGUCUGAAAUCGACCAGACCGGCCCAACCAUCCGCAACACCAAAGGCUACUUCACCUACUCCGUCGGCGUGGGCCUCCUGACCCCCCUUGUCGCCUCCGCUAGCACCGCCACCACCGUCGACGGCAGCAUCCGCAACCACAACAAGCUCGACAACUCAGGCUACACCUACCACGGCCGAUCAUACGGCGCCGGCGCCUCCGUCGGCCUCGUCGACGACAUCCUACACCGCGAGAACCCCCGCGCAACAAACUACACCUACGAGGAGACCGGCCUCGCAGCCGACGUCGCAUGCAUAUACAACCGCACCUCACAAUUCACCAUCCAGGAACUCGGCAACGUCCUGCACGCCCUAAGGGGCCCCCUCCCAGACAGCAACCUCAGCGCCCCAGAGUACUCCGUCUACAUCGGCCGCGGCAACCGCACCAUCGUCGGCAUCGGCGUCUCAGGCCAGCCCGCAGCAUUCACAGCGAAACGGUACCUCGCCAUCGCCGCGGGGGAUUACUACGCCCCGCUGAACUUAACGCAGUGCACCGUGACGUACACCCCAGCGCACUUCAACGUCUCCGUCGACAUCCCCUCGCGGAACAUCACCGUCGCAAGACUGGACGGCGCGGCUACGUCAAUCGACCCAACGCACCGCAUCGCCCACGUCGUCACCCGCCAACUGGAACUCAUUUCAAACGACCUGACGAGCUUCUAUCGGUCGACGCUGGGUGAUGCCCUAAACGCCAGCAUCAGCGACUACCGCACCGCGGUAGCAGUCACAAGCCCGAAUAUCUCUUUGUCCGAAGAGCAAAUCGUGCUCACGGGACUCGAAAACGCGAUCGUCUCAUUCGUGGACGAUAUGCUCGUCGCGUAUGCAUCGGCGCAACUGGUAGUUGGCGGGUUUGCAACCCCGGCCAGCGCGGCGGUGCAUGUCUCUGCGCUGCGGCUCGGGUCGCGUGUGUACAUUGUUGCCACGGCGGUGAUUACGGGGGUUAUUGUGCUGCUGGUGAUUGCGGAGAUGGUUCGGACGAAGGGGUGGAGGGGACUUCCUGCGUUUGACUAUCUGGAUAAUCGGAUGUUGGUGCUGGGGGCUAGCGCUGGGGGAGGUGAGAUUGCAGAGUAUGCGGCGGAGAGGCGGUGGAAGGCUACGGGGAAGAUUCCGGUUGUGUUGAGGACGGAGGGGGAUCAUCAGGUUAUUGCUUUGGGGGUGGAGAGAGGUAGUGAUAGGCAGGCAUCGGAGAGCACGUUGGUUGAGGAGACUGUGCAGUCAACUGCCUUCAGUGAGACGAGGCAGGUGGGGGCAAACAUCGUAAACGACACCCUCUACCUCAUCAACCUAGACGGAGGCCUCCUCCCCGGCGACGGGAACAGCUCACACAACUACCUCGUCACCCUCGACCUCUCACAGCCCUUCUCCAGCAAUGAUGGCUCAACCUACCAUCUAAGCGUAAUCGACCCUGCCGUUCCGCAACUAAAAGGCCAAACGCUCUGGUCCAACGCCGCAAAUACAACACUGUAUUCGUAUGGCGGACACGGUCUCGGGAAUACCUCCCUCGACGAGGGGAUUUGGACGUACGACCUCGCGGGGGAGAGGUGGGGGCUGCAGAAAACCAGCAUAAAGCCUGUUCGGUUGUAUUCUGGCGUUUCGAGUAAAGUCCCCCAUUUGCAGAGUUCAUAUUGGAUUGGGGGGUAUCAGGAUCGGGAUACCACGCCUGCGAUCACGGACGGAAGUAGGGUAUAUGCGGAUGGGAUGAUCAGGUUCAAUACAAGCACUGGGGAGUUCCUGCAGGUAGCGGCGCCGUUUACGCCUGUGCAGAAUGGGGCGUUGGUGUAUGUUCCUGUUGGGGAGGGGGUGUUGGUGUAUAUGGGUGGAGAGACACCCUCGGUUGCGGACGGGGUGAAUGCUACUAUGACUCCUAACUCAUGGGAAUACGUGUUUGUGUAUGAUAUCGCAAAGGAUAGAUGGUAUAACCAGACGACCACCGGGACAGUAGCAUCGAGAACCGAGUUCUGCGCUGUGGUGCAGCACGAUCCAUCCUCGUCGACGUACGAGGUCUAUGUCCUUGGAGGCGCGGACUACGUGUCGAAAGAGGUUUUGAGCGAUGUAUCCUACCUCUCCAUUCCAUCGUUCCACUGGUACAAAGCCGCGGAGCUCGCGCAGCAACGCAUGACGCUUGUUUGUGAGGCCUAUGGCCCACAGGUGUUUGGGAUUGGGGGACGGAUUAACUGGGCUGAUGAUCAGGAUGCUGGCUGUUAUACCAUGCCGGCUUUUAUUUAUGAUGUGAACAGUGGAAGCUCGAGGACCAAGUUCGAUCCCGCACUGACGAGCUAUUCGCAACCCUCUGCUGUGGCUGAACGGACGAAAGUCUGGCCAUAUCCGGCUACCUGGGCAGAUUCGUCACUGAGAGAACUGUUCGUGCCGAUGGAGACCUCGUCUUCAACUGCUGGUGUUUUGGAGACGAAACACAGUCAUGAUGGUCCCGGUGAGUAUAUACCCAUCGAUGAUGUUGAAAAGCUCGAGCGAUAUCGUCCAGGAGGGUAUCAUCCAAUAACCAUCGGAGCGUGGCUGAAGGAUCAAUACCGCAUCGUCCAUAAACUUGGCUUCGGUACAUACUCCACCGUCUGGUUAGCAAGGGACGAGGGAGCCAAGAAAUACGUUGCCAUCAAGAUCACAAUCGCAGCAGGUGAUCCAAUAGUCUCCCAAGAAAGCAAUAUCCUCCGUCAGCUAGGCGUCGCAGGAUUAAAGGCCAAGUUGCACGCCGUGGCCGCAUACAUCCCUCGCAUACUGGAUGAAUUCUCCGUUUCCGGACCCAACGGGAUACAUCGGUGUUUCGUCACCGCACCAGGAAUGAUGAGUCUAGCCGAAGCCAAAGAUGCCUCGUCUGUUCGGCUGUUCCAGCUACCUGUCGCCAGAGCCAUCGCGGCUCAACUGGUCCAAGCUGUGGCGUUCCUGCACUCGCAGGGGAUUGUCCAUGCGGAUCUUCAUGCUGGUAACAUCUUACUCCGUCUCCCCGAGAGCAUGGAUGCUCUCUCGCCAGAUCAAUUAUACGAACAAUGUGGACGCCCUCAUACCGAGCCUGUGGAACGCCUCGAUCAGCGUCCGCUCCCAGACGGCGUCCCUAGCCAUGCUGUUGUGCCUGUCUGGUUAGGGAAAGAAAGCGAUCGGGUUUCUCUAUCGGAAGCACAAAUCAUCGUUACUGACUACGGAGAGUCCUUUGCGCUGGCUACAACAACACGGGAUUACUCCCAUGCUCCGGCCGUUUUGGUUCCCCCAGAGGCGCAUUUUGAACCUCAGUCAUUUUCGUUUCCUGCUGAUAUCUGGACGCUUGCGUGCACGAUCUGGGAAAUUAUAGGCCAGCGGCCGCUGUUUGAGGGAUUCAAUCCGUCAGCCGACUGGGUAACCAGAGAACAGGUUGAUACGCUUGGCAAGCUGCCUCUGGAGUGGUGGAUGAAAUGGGAUUCCCGUAGGAGAUGGUUCAACGAGGAUGGAACACGACACGGCGGCACUCCACGGACCUGGGAGCAACGAUUUAGCGACUCAGUGCAGGAGCCAAGGCAGGAGGUGAGGAUGCAAGAAGUGGGAGAGGCGGAGAAAGUUGCGUUGCUGGCCAUGUUGAGGGCUAUGCUUGCAUUUCGGCCCGAGGAGAGACCAACUGCGACCGAGGUUAUGGAGUGUGAAUGGAUGCAAAAAUGGGCUCUUCCUACCUUGCCAAGUCAAAUGAAGGGAUAA